AUGAAAGUAUGUUUGCUACCGCUCGAUGGGGUAAAAUCUUCAAUCAGAGGAGGACAGGGCGACUUCAAAUGGUCAGACGUAGCAGACGACAAGGACCGGGAAAACUAUUUAGGUCAUUCAAUACUGGCCCCCGUUGGUAGAUGGCAAAAGAACAAAGAUAUUACGUGGUACAACAAGGAUGGUGGGGCGAUUGACGAAGACGAGCGGAUGAAAGCCAAGCGAGAGGAGAUCAAGCGAAUCAAGGCCGCCGAAGAAGAUGCACUCAGUGCAGCACUGUACGACAAACCAAUUCACUUUGUCCUCAAGGCCCCUCGGGAUCCGAUGUCAAACGCACCAGAAACCUCCUCGAAUGCCAUUCCGCUCGGCCCUGCUCGAGGCGGUGGUGAAAAGCAAGACGACCGGGACUCUGAUGGUGAGGAGGAUAUCAAAAGGAGGAAGGAAGAGAAGGCGGCACGCAAGGCUGAACGGGCCGCCAAAAGGGAACGGAAACUAGAGGAAAAGAUGGCGAAGAAAAAGUACUCCAAGUACUCAAAACACGCCGAACCAGAAAUCUCCAGGCGUUCCCGCUCGGAUCGACUUGAUGAUCGUUCACCAGACCGACAUGGGUCAAAUCAUAAGGAUCGCGAUUCACAUCGUAGGGAUCGAGACUCGCAACAUAGGGAUCGGGACUCCCGCCAUGGGGAUCGUGACUCGCAUUAUAAGGAUCGCGAUUCGCAUUAUAAGGAUCGCGAUUCGCAUUAUAAGGAUCGCGAUUCGCAUUAUAAGGAUCGCGAUUCGCAUUAUAAGGAUCGCGAUUCGCAUUAUAAGGAUCGCGACUCGCAUUCUAAGGAUUGCCGCCGUUCCCCGCACCCUCCCGGCUCGAAUCAUGAGCGCCUCAGUCGCUCACCUGAUCGGCUCGCUGACCGAGCAUCUUCUGAACUGGCCCCAUCUCCUCGAGAAUCCACAUCUGCUCGAAAUGAUUCUCGCCAACCAGACGAUCGCCAUCGCGCGUCCGACCGCCGUCGCGAGUCCGAUCACCAUCGGACAUCCAAAUCACUAUCUCAUUCCAAUCGCCACUCACGCCCGCUAUCCCCUCCUGCUCACGAUCGACAUAAACGCCCGGUGUCCCCAAACGAACGCCGACGAGAUGACAGACGCCGUUCGCAAUCACCACCCCGACGGACCUAUAACGAUUAUUGA